CAUGGACCUCCAGCCAGAUCCCAGCUGACCACCACCUCCCACGGGCUCAGCUCUGAAUGGAGGACGGGCAGACAUGGAUCCCAGCGGCGCUGCCCAGUGCAUCCAUGUGCAGCUACAAGGGGGGGCACCCUGGGGAUUCACCCUGAGAGGGGGGCUGGAGCACGGGGAGCCCCUUAUCAUCUCCAAGAUUGAAGAUGGCGGCAAAGCAGAGAAAAGUGAGAAGAUGGAAGUGGGGGAUGAACUGGUGAAUAUUAAUGGUACUCCUCUAUAUGGAUCGCGGCAAGAAGCUUUAAUCCUGAUCAAAGGAUCCUACAAAAUCCUCAAAAUGAUCGUCCGGAGGAGAAAUGUUUCGGUUGUCCGACCCCACUCAUGGCACCUUGCCAAGCUGUCCGAAGUCCGUCCCGAUGUAGCAAGUAUGCAGUAUCCCACAGAUGCCUUCAGUUUGUCCUGGCAUUCUGGCUGUGAAGCUAGUGAACUUCCUAUGCAGUGGAAUCCUUUGUCAAGACACUGCAGCACGGACAAAAGCAGCUCCAUCGGUAGCAUGGAAAGUCUUGACCAGCCAGGACACAAUUAUUAUGAAGGAACGCUUUCCCCGAUUGACCCAGGCAUGUACCAGAACAAAAGGGACUCUGCAUAUAGCUCUUUUUCUGCAAGCUCAAACACUUCUGAUUACACAGUGUCUGCUAGAACAGAAGAGUCCUCACCAAUUAACUGUGUGCUCAGGUCAACUAAGCAGGAAGAUGGCCGAUAUCUCCAGACAGGACAGAGCUCUCUCGACCCACGGGAUGAUUUGCCGAGCCAAACAUUAGGCGAGCAUCCUCAACACCCUUCCUCGCUCUCUUACGACUCAAACCAUUUGGACAUCAUCAAAUCGCCCCCGCAACCACCUGUGCGGAGAGAUAGCUUACGGGCUUCUAAAAACCCAUUGUGCCACAGUGAGAAAAGGAGAGCCUCUGCUCCAGGGGAGACCUUUUAUAUUCCCGGAAAGUGGUCCAAAGACUUCCACCAGCUUAACGGCUCUAGCUGUGGCCAGUGCCAGCGUGCCAAAGAUUUCUGUGCGCUACACCAAAAGGAGAACUUGUCUUCAGAUCAGUAUUACAUGUUGAGUUCACAGGCCGAUUGCGUUCUGCCGAACAGUGUCCAGCCUCCCGUCGGCGACACGGGGGGAAAAAAUAAUUGCACUGAACCGAGGAAUGGGUGCUCUAACGACGGGGGUGUUGAAAGUAACGAGGUUGUUGCCUGUUACACGGUUCAAAAAAUCAGGGAGGCCUUUCUUAAAAACUCAUCUUGUGACCUUAGCAAGCCUGAAGGUCAACGUUCUUCUCAAAGAGAAGGCUCCAGCGCGCAGACAGUUUUUAGGAACGAUGCAAAAAUGGCUGCAUCCAACUACUGUUAUGACGCAGACCAUUGCAAUGGAGAGACUGGGAUGGAUAAAAAGUGCAAUCGUAGUAGUUUUGAAGGCCCUGAGGCCCCUACGCACCCAGAAACUGAUAACCGCGACUUGAAAGCGCACCGUGGACUUUCGUUUGAUAGGUCAGGUGGCGACUCAAAAGAAGAUCCAUCCUUCCAACCAAGCGGUUCAACGGGAGGGCGGAGAUCGUCCUGUAGUACCAACCCGCUUGUGGAAGCUGAUUGCGGGCAAGUCGAAAACGCAGCUCCGACCAAAAAACCCGGCUCAUCGCGCCAUCGCUCGGCCCAGAUGCGAAGAAGAAGCGACCGGUUUGCCACCAACUUGAGAAACGAGAUACAGAAUCGCAAAGCUCAGCUGCAAAAGAGCAAAGGCUCUUCAGUUCUUUGUGAUGAGCCUGUUGAGGAAAGAGAUGAGCCAGCCGAGGGUCCGCCUCGACCAGCUCCUCCACCUCCACCCCCGAAAAACAAAGCACGUCUGGUAGAAAUCAAAAAGGCCAACGCCGAACUGUUUGGCCAUUCUGACUCUUCAAGCAAAGAAAGGAACGAAAGCCAUGGCUUUGACAAAAACAAAUCGUAUAAUUGCACGAGGGAAGGUAUGGAGACACCUACGACUGAGACUGUUCCUCCUGAGGAUGAAGAAGUGUGCGUUGCCUUCAGAAACAAAGUCUCCAAUGACUGGUGGAAGAAUAGCUCCUCGUGUGUUCCUCACCAGGAGUCACCAGGAUAUGAGGAAAGCUACGUGGCCAGUCAACAACCAAUUGACCAUUCCUUGGAGCAGUUUAAUGGGGUGCCAUCAAAUGCGUCUCUCAAAUCUGACAGCUGCAGAGAUGAUUGGAGGAGAAAUCCAUCUAGCAAGCCUACCAGCCCAGAAGCAUGGGAUAGAGAGAAGGGAAAUAUUGUUGACCGAUCAAAAUGCAACGAAGAACCCAGGGAUUCGUCCGUCCAUGAGACCAAUCAUUUAAAGAAAUUAUGGAGGGCAGCCUCAAAUCAGAACCUAGGUCACGGUGAACCACCGGAGGAGGCUUUUGCAAAAACCAGGCCGGAGGAUACAAACUCUUCUAAGAACCACAACUCUUUUGGUCCUCGAGCUAAUGCAAACAGUACACAUCAUGGAAAAGAACACCUCAGUGGAGAGAGGUAUGGUGGUGACCAAAGAACGGUGAAUUACCUAGAGGAUAUAGGCCUAGAGCAGAAGACUCGGGAAUUAAGGCUUCACGACUUGGAAAAAUCAGAUGCUACUCCGUCCAAGGCCUCCCAUCAGCCUUCUGGUUUUGAAGAGCAGGUAUCUCACCAUAAACCUCAUGGUGCUAGAUGGACAUUGUCCCCGGAUAGCAAACCUCAGCCCUAUCCUCAUUGCCGAAAAGAGAGCCCUCCAGAGGUCGCAGACGUGAACGUAGAAGAGGUGGUUCCACCCAUCACUCGGGUGACCGAGGCAAACGUCCUCCUACCUUUUGCGGAUCGAAGGAGGUUCUUUGAAGAUAGCAGCAAGGGACCUCCGCCGCCCAACUUCUCCAUGCAUAUGAAGGCAAAUAAAAAUGGCUUUUGCGCGAGUCUUUCGGACUACUCUUUCCCUCAGGCUGUGGCUCCGGAUCUAAGGAGGCAUUCUGUGGAUCAUACAUGCCAUUCGCUGUCGCCUGGUAGGCAGGAGAGUAGCUUGGCGUGUUCCGAGUUCUGCAUGAACCAUGCGGUGGAGCCGCCUCUCUGCUGCAAUCCAAACGGUCACUUGGCGGACUACCUGCACUCGGUGUCCUGCGGAUAUCGGUCAUGCGUGUUCUGCCCCAACGAUGUGUGUCCAGCUUUGCUGAAAAGGAACAUGUCCAUGACCCACCACAGCUGUCACUGUCAACACCACCAUCACCACCAUCGUCAGUGGACGAGAUGCAGCGAGUGCUUGUGUCCUAGCCAACACCCUUCAUUGGAGGAAGGCGCGGCCAUACACGGUGACCCAUGGCACUUGAGGAAUUCCAGGUUACAGGAAGUAUCGCUAAAAGAAUGGAACCAGCAGCUGAAGAUCAACAGGAAGUGCAGCCAGUCUGUGAGUGAACUAUGUCAGUUUAAUUCUGGCUUUCAUUAUCCGGGCCCACACAAGUCAUUCUGCGAGGAUGGUGACCAGGAACGGCCUCAGUGCUACAAGGCGGCAUCUACCUAUGACCUCUCCUGUGAGCUUCCUCUCAGGCCUCUGGAUUUGCCAUCUUCGAUGCAGGACGGGCCACCACAACGGGGACUUUCCAGAGAUAGAUCUUACUCUGUGAAUCACCUGAACUUGGAACAUCUGACUGUGCGGGGCAGGCAGGAGGCGCCCCUGGUAAAGCUUGAACAUAGCAAGCCAUCAGCCCGACCAAAGAAGCAAGGUCCUCCUCGUCCUCCACCUCCGAACUGGGAGAAGUACAAAGAGCGGAGGUCAUCUCACGACACGGCCAAGUCUGUUUGUGGACACGCUUGUGGUCAGGACGUUCCUAAUGUAUCUGGAUAUAAUAGAAAUCCGGAUGAUGCAAGGCAGCGAUCUCAAAGUCUGCCAUUGGACAAGACUUUUUCCCUUCCCCCAAUGCAAGGAGCGGAUUAUUGCACAGAACCAACGGAGAUGAGGAGUUCUCCAACUGGACCUCAGGAUCGAUCUUUAACUGGUUCUCCAAACCAGGAGACCUCAAAUGACCAUUUGAAGUCUUCCACCAACCCUUCUCCUCACCCCUCGGACUUUGAUCAGAAAUUAGCCGCGGGUGGUGCAGAGGAGUCCGAGGCAGCCGAUGAAGGAGGCCUCAGGGAUCAGCAGUCCUCCACAAUGGCAGAAAUUCCCGCAGAUAACCCGGACAGAGAACCCCCCUCUAACUUGGUGGACCUCUUUGAAGGGAAUUUCCAUCGCUAUGAAGAUGAUUGGUCCACGGACAGAGAGUCUGAAAUCUCCAUCCCAGAAAGGUAUGAAUUUCAGCCCAUCUCCCCACCGCCUGUAUACGGUGACACCAGUCCCACCUCUUGCACGUCCUACUACAACACCUCCGCUGCUAAAGCUGAGCUUCUCAACAAGAUGAAGGAAAUGCCCGAAGUCCAGGAGAAAAGCGGGAACGUAGCUGGAGCAGAGGAGGAGGACACAUUGACUUAUAAGAAGAUGCAGCUCAUAGAAAGCAUCAGCAAGAAGCUCUCCGUACUACACGAAGCUCAGCAAGGCCUUCAGGAGGACAUCACUGCCAACGUGACUCUGGGCUGUGAGUUGGAGAGCCUGCUCAAGAGCCUUUGUAAACCCAAUGAGUAUGACAAGUUCCGCUCAUUCAUUGGAGACCUGGACAAGGUGGUCAACUUGCUGCUGUCCCUCUCUGGACGUCUCAUCAGGGUGGAGAGUGCACUACAUUGCAUCGACCUGGAGCCCUCCAUGGAAGAGAAGCUGAACCUACUGGAGAAGAAGAAGCAGCUGACCGACCAACUGGAAGACGCUCAGGAACUGAAGGCCCACGUCACACGCCGGGAGCAGUUGGUCCUCCAAGCCGUGUCCAAGUACCUGAACGAAGAUCAGCUCCAGGAUUACCAACACUACGUGAAGAUGACCUCCGCUCUCAUCGUGGAACAAAGAGAGCUGGAGGAUAAAAUCAGACUGGGAGAAGAACAAUUGAGAUGUCUCCGGGAAAGUCUCUAAUCUCUUUAACCAAAGAAAAUUUGCAAAUGUGGUAAAUUAUAAACU